GCCACUCCCCUCCUCAGACGAAGCCAUCGCGCGAGGUCGGCAGCCAUGUUCAACAAGAAGACGAUGGUUCUGUAUUGCGGCGGAUCCCCCGGAUUGGCCCCGGCCGCCCCUCAGUCUCCCGGCGGGGGCGGCGGAGGAGUAGGAAGCGUCGGCGGAGGAAGCGGCGAGGGCGGCCUGGCUCUCCUUCCCGGCGGGGCCCGAGGCGGCCUGGGCGGGGGUCUGUGUUGGCCUCCCGCCGGCUGCGCUGAGGGGCCUCGAGCGCUGAUUGGCGGAGGGGCCCCCUCGCUGAUUGGGCCCCCGGAGGCGGCCGCGCGCGCGCUGAUUGGCUCCCCCGAAGAGGAGCUGGACGGCUGCGAGCCCGACGCGGAGAACGGAGCGGAGCCUCCCGCCUCUUGCCCGGCCGCCUCGCCGCCUCCGACGACCCCCGGGGACCCGCUGCGCCAGGUGACGCUGCAGCUGGUGGCCUCGUACCUGCGGGAGGCGGCCGACCAGGAGCUCCCCAAGCAGGACGGCGGCGCUUGCGGCGGCGGCGGCGGGAAAUUCCUGCAGGGCCUGCUGGGCCGCUUCGGUCCCGGUCCCGGCGAGGCGGAGACGGCCGCUCGGGCCCUGGAGACGCUGCGGAGGGUCUGCGACGACAUCAUGGAGAAGCACCAGCUGGCCUUCCUAGGAAUGCUGAGGAAAGUGCAGAUCGACAAAGCAGAUGACUUGAAGCUCAUGUCGGAAGUUGCAAUGCAGGUUUUCAGUGAUGGCAUAACAAACUGGGGGCGAAUUGUGACUCUCAUUUCUUUUGGUGCUUUUGUUGCCAAACACUUGAAGAGCAUAAAUCAGGAAAGCGGCAUCAACACUUUGGCGGAGAUUAUCACGGAGGUGCUGGUGACAGAGAAGAGAGAGUGGCUGCUGCAUCACAACGCCUGGGAGGGCUUUGUUAAAUUCUUCCAUGUAGAGGACCUGGAAGGCAGCAUCAGAAACAUUCUGGUGGCUUUUGCAAGUGUGGCUGGCCUAGGAGCGAGCUUGGCUUACUUGAUCCGGUGAGCCAAAAAAAGGGGGGCUCUCCUGAGUGGAGCUUAGCUUGGACUACUCUGUUCUGCUGUGAAUAGAAAACUGAGCUGUUCUCCUCUUGCCGAGUGGGAAGCAGGACAGCUGGAAUUCCCCAAGAAGGACUGCUAUGAACUGUCCCGGGAUAGAAGGUAACCCAGCAAGGAUGUCUUACAAAUGGAAGUCGCUUUUUCCAAGGGAAGAAACGUGUGCACUCUGCUUCACUCACACGAAGCUAGGAGGACUGAAGCCCUGUGCAGGAGGAGGAGGUGUGCUUGGACUGGCGGCAUUGGGCUCCGGAGGAAAGACAGCUGGAUGCACUGAGCAGUGAGUGAUCUGUUUGCACAGGGCGACAAUUGUGCCCUCCCGUCUUUUGGAGAAUAACGCUGGGUCUGAAAUACAGGGGUGUUUGGGUCCAGUGUCAUCCUAAAGACUUCCGGGUGAUCUCUGGGAAAUGCCUUUAACUGUUGGUGGAUGCAGGCAACGCAUUUUUGCCCCGUCACUAAGAGAAAAGGCCUGGCUUCCUUCAGCCUCUCAUCAACACAUCGUAUUCUUAAGGGCUGACUGUAUUUUUUCAUUUUAUUUUUUUUCAAUCUUUCUUUCCACUGCCCUCCCUUUGAAAGCGUUACACUGCCAUUAAGCCACCCCUUGGAUCUCACCCAUAGCUGCUCCCUGCAGCGGAGCUCAGUCUGCAACCAUGAUAAGCAUCAUUUGGGACCGGUGAAACCUGCAAAACGUGUGCACUCUUGAAGCAGCUUUAUCUUUGAGAAAAGAUUGCGAAGAGGGGGUUGAUUCAGUUUGGAUUUGAUGACUCUUGAUUCAUUUCUCCCAUCAGCAUAUACUGGGCAUUUCAGAAAACCUUCGCAUCCAAGUUUAACAAGGUUAUCGAUGUGACUGUAGUGACCAGCUUAAAGUUUGAAAGCCCCUCUUUUCCUUCCCUCCCUCUCUUGGGAAGAAAGGAGCCCUUUGGGGUUUUCCAUCACCCUGCUUUAUUUUUUUGAUUCCUGAGUUGAGUUUAAAGGAUGCUUUUUUUAAAAAAAAAAAAAAGCUAAACUUGCACAUGAAUGUCAUUUAUCCUGUAAGAAAGCAAAAUAACAUGCGUGAAUUAGCAGUAUGAGAUCCUGUGGUGCACAAACACACACACACACAAAAAUUAUAAUCUGUAGGCAGCUUCCUGGAUGUCCUCCAGAUGUUUCAACCUGGAUGUUUCUGGAGGAUGCCUGAUGGCCUUUUCUAAAUGAAACAGUUCAUAAGCUGAGUUUUCUUUGAUUUUUUUCUUUUAUUCAGGAGAAUGGCUUCAGUUAAUAGGAGCAGGAGUUUUAAUUUGCAGUCUAGAAUUGCUUUUAGUUUUCAUUGUGCAUCAGUCUAGACCGGGAGUAUCCAAUCAGGGCCACUUCAAUAACCGUGGACUUCAACUGAGAGUUGAAGUCCACAAGUCUUAAAAGUGGCCAGGGUUAGGCACCCCUGCUCUAGACCAAGUAAUGGCAGAGAUAAAAAUCUUGGCAAGGUGCUGGAAGAUCUGCUUGUUUACAUAAACCGUCUUAAUAAAACCCAUUCAGUGAUUCUCGCAAUGUGAGGUCCUUAAUACAGAAACCUGAAGUGUUUGUUUUCGUUUUGUGGCUGAAUGAUUGUCCCUUGUUCUUUCUUUCCUCCCCCUUUAACGUUGCCAGGCGAUUCGUUGGUAGACGAGGCUUAAAACUCUGGACUGGCUUUUUUUCUGUGGAGAUGGAGAGGCAGGGCCCGAGAUCACUCUUAGAAUAGGACUAGAACUAGCCAGCUUCAGGGAUGUUGGGAUUAAGCCUUGUUUCUUCAUUCAAGAUGGUCUGAAUUCUGGCUUGGGUCCUGGAGCUGUCUGAUCUGUCACUUGCACCUCAUGGUUUCCAAAUUGCUGCUCUGUGGGCACUUGAGCUGGUUAAAAAGGUAUUACAGUGAUGUGCAAGGAAAUGAAAAUAUUUCAGACAGGUUAAGCUGCCCCCUUCUGCCUGCCUCCAGGGCCCAGAAAGAAAAACCGAGAGGAGGCUAGGGAAGUAUUUUUCAUAGGGGCUAAUAGAACUAGCCUAUUGCAAUGCCUUGUGGGGGGUUUACUGGCAGAGUAUGCAAAGUUUUUCCUUAGAAACAUGCAAAAUGGCACUUCUCCAAAGUUCUGUUUAUAAAUACUGGUGCCCUGUGGGUGGGCGUGUCAGCUGGGGUUUUCUUGUCCAACCAACCAGGCAGUGCCUGAGGUUCCCCAUUUUUACACGGGCAGCAAACCGAUUCCAAGUGAGACCUGAUGGCGUUGGCCUGUCCUCUUUCCUCCCAUUUGACAACACUGUAGCUGUGAAUGUCUCUGACGAGAAUCCAGUGGGAACAUGGGCAUUUUAUAUUUCAAUAGGGCCCUGAGCCUGGAUUCCUUCUGACUUCCUGGCACAUCAGGAAAACCAGUCCCAAACCAUGGCAGUUCUCUCUUCAUCCCAGAUCCUCUUGGCUGCUGGGCUACGGGGUCAGCGUCUCUUUUUGUGGUAGGAAAGAAAGGAAGAGUUGCAUGUAGCGAAAGCCAGAGAGGGCUUUAUUCGGAGAGCCUAGACUUCAAUAAAGCCCAAGUCUGCCAGCAACAUGGAGGCCUUACUGAUUCCUACCUUGCCCACAUUCCUCCCAGGCAGAAUCACUGUUUUGCAACCUAGCAAUGAAGUGUUUAAUAUAAUAUGUGCUUGAAUGUUCAUCCGAAUUAAAUUAAUUUAACCCUUAACUGUUCAAGUUGUCAGUAAUGUUAUAUACAUCGGGCAGGCUUCCCUGCCUCCUUAGAAUGUCCUGCUUUGAUGAAGCAGAGGAAUGUAUUUGUCUGAAUAUUGCGAAUGUUCUUUUGGGAAUUGUCCAUAAAAAGUUCAUGUAUUGGUAGAUUCUUAAUCCAAUGAGGUUCUUUGAACUAUUCCACCCCCACCCGCUUGUAUUGCUCCUUUGUGUAACUGACAGACUUGUGCCUUUUCCUCUAAUCUGAUAUUUAUAAAUUUCUCAGUUUUGCAAUAA